CGCGGCGAAUGGUACGAGCCGCGGCCCGCCGCACAGGUGCGGCCGAUGGACCGAACCAACAGCGGGGGAGGGGGCGGCGCCGCCGCCGCAGCCUUCGCAGCUGUUGCCCGGGGGGAGGGGGCAGCGCGCCCGCCCCUCCGCCGGCUGGCUGCACGCUGCUAGGUCUGCGGAGACCACCCGGAACUGCUGUCCCGGGAGAAGUUGGAGCAGGAGCCCGCUACCCGGAGCAGCACUUUGUACGUGGCCACCAGCCCAGGCUGAGCAGUAAAACUUUCCUGUUUCUCUCCGUGGUUCCCACAUGCAGGUUGAUAACGCCAGCCCAGCCCGCCUUUCCCCUCGCUGCUGCUACCUUGGGUGCUGGAAGGCCAACGUUCCGCAACCCGGUCUGCUGCCGCUUCCUUUCCCCGGCCCCAGGGCUGCUGGCUGGCUUUGCGGGGCCAUGUGGGGCUAGGAGAGGUGCAGCCAGUCUCCGCGGCGUGAGGCAUUAAACAUGGAGGCGGCGAGUAAACCAGAUGGCGGGGAGCGGAGCCAUCACGGCAGUGGCACGGACGCUCCCGGGGAAGCUUCCAUGGACUGCUACUUGCGAUCUCAGGGCUUGUACAGGAAGAGAGUUGCCAAGGAUGGAUCUUGUCUUUUCAGGGCUGUGGCCGAGCAGGUGUUACACUCUCAGUCUCGGCACAUUGAUGUUAGGAUGGCUUGUGUAGACUAUCUUCGGAAAAAUAGGGAGAAGUUUGAAGCGUUCAUAGAGGGGCCAUUUGAAGACUAUUUAAAAUGUUUGGAAAAUCCACAGGAAUGGGUUGGACAAGUAGAAAUAAGUGCCCUUUCUCUUAUGUACAAGAAAGAUUUUAUAAUAUACCGGGAACCAAAUGCUUCUCCUUCACAUGUAACUGAAAAUGGCUUUUCUGAUAAGGUAUUGCUGUGCUUCUCAAAUGGAAACCACUAUGAUAUUGUUUAUCCCAUAGAGUAUUCAGAAAGGGCUGCUCUGUGCCAGUCUCUUCUUUAUGAGUUACUAUAUGAGAAGGUAUUUGAUACAGAUGUGAAGAAAAUAAUAGCAGAACUUAGUGCUGUUGGUAUGACAGAGGAAAGUAAUGGUAGCAGUGAAGUGUCUGCUUCAGAUUCAGAAGAUGACAGCUACAGAGGUAAAACUACAACAGUUGGUGAUAUGAAUGGAUUGAAGUCUCUUUCUGGCAACAAGCACCUUAAGAGCAAUGGAAAUCCCACCUUGUUGGUUUUGCCUAAAAAAGUUCUGAGAUCACUCAAUCCAUCAGUAUACAGAAAUGUUGAAUAUGAGGUUUGGCUACAAUCCAAAUGGGAUCAGCAAAAACAAGAUUUUUCCAUUGCUGCUGGCAUGCAAUACUCAGUUGGUGAUAAAUGUAAAGUGCGCUUAGACCAUAACGGGAAAUUUUAUAAUGCCCACAUUCAAGAAGUUCGCUCGGAGAGUGGGCCAGUUAUUGUAUUUGUAGAAGAGCUUGGAGAAAAGCAUUCUGUGUCACUGAAGAGCCUUAAACCUCUUCCACAGGCCUCUCCUAUGGAGGGCUGGAACACUGUGCCAGGGAAGAAGAUGAAAAAGUUUUUCCCAACGUGGGGGCAGAACGCUCAGCCCGAUGCAGAUUGCAGAGGGUCAAAGAGUCAGAACAAGUCCAUAAAACCCCAGUCAGCACUACCUCCUCGACUUCAGCAUACUGUGGGAACCAGGCAGCAUCAGUUCAUAUGUUCUGGACCCCAACCUCAUCAGACCUCAAUGGAGCAAAAAGCUCCAGGCAGGAAUCCUUCCCAGAGUGGAAGAAAACCAGAUCGGGAGAGAACCGAGGAUCUGAACCACGGUGGCAGAGAUUGUAACUAUUUUGGCCUAUCUCCGGAGGAACGCAGGGAGAAACAGGCAAUAGAAGAAUCUCGUUCACUUUAUGAGAUCCAGCAGAGGGAUGAACAAGCUUUUCCUGCCCUUUCCAAUAAUCAGUCGGUCUGUCAGGCUGCUACACAGACUGUGGAUAAUAUAAAUCCAAAAAAGUUCUCAAAUAAUGAGAGAAGAAACAGCAAGUGGACAGCAGAGGUGGAAGAGCAAAAGGAUAAAGAGUCAAAUUCCAGGCAGAUCCACUUAAGUCAGAAGCUUGAGCCAAAUUCAUCCGAGAAGAAUAGUCAAGAUGAGAGGUGUCCAAAAGCUUCAUCACCUUUGGAACAAGUAAAAACAGAUUCUCCAGUUCUUGCUGAACAAAAACUGACAGAAUGCUUACCAAGUGUAACUCCAACACCCUCACCAGUCUUUUCUGAGGUGCAUUUGCCUCCAACAGUGCCUUCUGUACCAGCCAUUGUGCCAGCUUGGCCAAGUGAGCCAACAACUUAUGGACCAGCAGGUAUUCCAGCCCCAAUACCUGCUUCUUCAUUGAUGCCAGCCCCAACAACAGGACCUGACUCUAUUGUAUCACAGGCUCAGGUAACAUCUGCUCCAGUUGCUGGAGUUCCUGUGUCGAUGCAAGCAGUUAACCAGCCUUUAAUGCCUUUGCCUCAGACUCUGAAUCCCUAUCAGGAUCCACUAUACCCUGGAUUCCCUUUUAGUGAAAAGGGAGAAAGAGCCAUUGCACCCUCUUACUCCCUGUGCAAUAACGGGGAGGACUUACCUAAAGAUAAGAACAUUCUUAGAUUUUUCUUCAAUCUUGGUGUGAAGGCAUACAGCUGUCCCAUGUGGGUCCCCCAUUCUUACUUGUACCCCCUGCACCAAGCCUAUUUGGCUGCUUGCAGAAUGUACCCAAACGUGUCCCUCCCCGUGUACCCGCACAACCCCUGGUUCCAGGAGGCUCCACCGACGCAGAAUGAGAAUGAAACUGCACGAACAAGCAGGCACUUUCCUAUUCAGAGUGAGGCCAGGUCCAACGGUCAGAUUUCACAGGUUGACAGCAGAUCUCCAUCACUGCCGCUGAUUAUCCCGACAGCUCAGGUGUCCGAAGGCCAAGGACAGGUCUGUGUAGAAUCGGAGAAUCCAGUGCAAGCACUUCCCUAUGAUGAGUCCCUGAGAGGGAAAAAUCUGUUCCCACAACCAGCCUUUGGACACAAUCACUUUCUAGGAGCUGUUCCAAUAGCACCUCCUUUCUUUCCUCACUUCUGGUAUGGGUACCCAGUUCAGGGCUUUAUUGAAAAUUCAGUAGUGAGACCUAACAUUGUCAUGGCACCUGAGGACAAAGAGGCAACAACUAGCACAUCUGCAAAUAUGUACGUGGCUAAAGAAUGCAGUCCUCCCGUUCCUGCAGUAAACUGUGCAGAACAGCUUCAGAAGAGUAACGGCAGCGGCUCAAACACUGUCCCGUUCCCUGUGGCUGGUGUGAGCAGUGAAUGCAGUGCCCCAAAAGAGACUACCACUAGGGCAUCUCAGUUGGAGCAGACCUGCGCCACUAAUUCUCCUGCUAAGCAGGCAACAGCUGGGCUGCAAAACCGUUCUCCCCAAGCACAGGGGAUUGAGAGGCAGCCAGGGGUGUCCAACACCACACCACCAUUGGCAGAAGCACCCAAAUAUGAACUCAAAAGUGCUACACCCAGCCGUAAGGAGAAGACUGAUAAAGGCAGAGAUUCCAAGGGUGCUGGUAACCUACAGACAGAAAGCAGGGCACAGAGAACGAGGGAAGAGAGCUCCGAGGAUGAGAGCGAAGUUUCUGAUAUGCUGAGAAGUGGCAGAUCCAAGCAAUUUUAUAACCAGACUUACGGAGGAGGCAGAAGGCCUAGACUUGAGUGGGGUUAUUCUAGUAGGGGAGGCUACCAGUUCCAAAGAAACGAGGAAGCCUGGAAAGGACCGCCCAGCAGAAGCAGAGAGGAAGGCUGCCAGUAUCAGCGAAACUUCAGAGGAAGGCCGUAUAGGAAUGACAGGAGAAGGGCAACGCUGGGAGAUAAUCAGAGGGGGCAUCAAGCAUAGAAUAAAUGGAUAGUUUGAAAAUUUUCAAAUGCAAAAGGUAAUUUGAAGUAGCAGUUGAAAAUCUUAAUCUUUCUUUUUAGUAAAGUCCAAGGAUAUGUUUAACUUUUGGUGAGUAAAGACUAGGAGGGUGUGAGCUCCUACCAUUUUGUUUGGGGGGGAUUGCAGUUUGGUUGGCUUAGCGGUUUAUCCUCGAUGUCAAAUUAGAAAAAACAAUAUAGGUUUAGUGUUUGAAUUUUUUCCACAAAGGUUUGAGUUCAUGAUGUAAGAUGGAUACGUAUGUUUACUAGGGUGUCAAAUUACAGCAUUUGAUGUGAGCUAGAUUCUAAAACUGAUGGUAACAUUGCACCAAAUAUGAAUAUAUUUUAUCAUACAAUGCCUUAGUUCUGAACUGAGCUAAAGGAAUUCUCAGCCUACUGCACUGUUGUCUUUGAUAUGCUUCCAACCCAAAGGCCUUUCAUCUCAAAAAUCUGUCAGACUUGAAUGUUUCUCUUCAGUGUGUUACAUGUAUGGCAGCCAGCUAACCCUGUGUCUUAGGUCUGUUGUAUAUAGUUCUUUUAAUAUUCAUAGGGUAUAUUUUUGAAUUUUAAAAAGCGUUUAUUUGUUGAAAUCAAAAUCAAGACAAGCAGUCAAGAAUAGCUGUGUAUGAUUUGGUAAGAAUGGCUGUUUCCACCAAGAAUUCUUAAUGCUGGUGUGACUAGAAUGGUGCCUAUGCCAACUAAAUAAUUACAAAGACAAUAAAAAUGUAGAUGCUAUGCAUUUCAAAGAUAAUUCUGCAUCUGUUAUAAUAGCAGAAGUUUUUUUAAUGCCACUUUAACACUAAUGCACUGACAAAUCCUAGAUAUUUUGUGAGAAGAGAUGCAUAAAGUACACGUUACAUUUUUUUAAGUUUGUAUGGUUGAGCUACUGUUCAGUAUUCUUUUUGUUAUUGCACUGUUAAUGCAAAUUUAUGUUUUGCAUGUACAACUCAUUGCUGGAACUACUUUUUAAAAGCGAGAUGGAUAGUCUGUGUUCUGCUCUUCCCUAGACUUCAGAAGAAAGUGGCUUCUGCCUUAUAUUUUUACACUGUAUCAGAGUUCUGAUGCUGUUUCUUCUGACCCUUAUAAUGAUCUCUGCAGUGUUCCUGUUGCUCUUGCAGUUUGGACUGAGUUAUCCAAACUCAGAGUACAGUGUGCAGUGUUCACUCAGCUCUGCUCUGUAAAAUUAACUGUUGUGUAUAUUUUUAUAUCUCUGUAUAUACUAGUGUAAGAGGUAAUGGUGCCCUUUCAUUCAUGUCUGAGAUUGUACACCCGAAACUUGAGUGGUAGUUAUGUGAUAAUUUCUUUUCAGAUGCAUGCGAUGUAUAAAACUCCUAAUUAAAAUAAAUGUUUGUGUUUACACUUUU